AUGGCCGGCGACAACGUGGAAAUGACGCAUGCUGAGAUGUGGGACGACUCUGCUCUCAUAGAGUCUUGGAACGAGGCUCUUGAUGAGUACAAGAAGUAUCACAGCAUCCACGCAAAGGGAGGCAGGCUCGAAGACAUUGAUCUUCAGGAGAAAUCAGAACCCCAGUACGGCCAGGCGACCCAUUUAACCACCGGCUCGGAAACGAAAGCGGUCGAUCAGCCAGAGACGGUGGACGGCGAAGAGGCAGCCAACGAAACGAAGGGCGCGGAACGCAGCACGGAUGUUCAGCCAACAGCCGGCGUGCCUAUCGCAAACACUAUCUCGGGCCACAGCGGCAGCGUCCCAAGUCCUGCGACGAUGGGCCCGCAGGGUCUUCUCGGUUCAGUGCAAGACGAAGGUCUGAAGAGAUUGUUGAUGUCUUGGUAUUACGCCGGAUACUACACCGGGCUUUACGAAGGCCAGCAGCAAAAGCAGCAGAGACAGUAG